CCUGUCUGCACCUGUCUGUCCCUGAAAGAGCCGGAGCCUCUGAAACAUGGAGACACGAGUGAAGCUGGAGGAGACGGAGCCGUGGGAGCCGCAGGAGCCGUGGGGCCCCGCGGAGGAGCGGAGGGGCCCGGGAUCCAACAUGGCGGGAGUCACGUGACUGUGGCUCUGCUCAGACUCAGGCUCCGAGUCCGGCAGGUGCAGCGGCAGGUGCAGCGGCAGGUGCAGCGGCAGGUGCAGCGGCAGGUGCAGCGGCAGGUGCAGCGGCAGGUGCAGCGGCAGGUGCAGUUGGGAGCCGCUCGGUCUCAAAGAGGAGCCGGAGUCGAGCGUCAAACAGGAGCCCCAGGACUUCCCUUUCCACAUGGUCACGGUCAAAACCGAAGAAGAAGACGACGAAGACAAGUCCUCUGCGCUUCACCAAACGGCGUCCGAGGAGCCCAGAGAGGAACCCAACGGAGAGUGUGGAGCCGACAGUGAGGAGCAGACGGACAGCUCUGAGGACACUGACCGCUCAGAAGACUACAGUCCAGACCAGGCUCCGGCCUCCAGACGCUUCACUCAGACUCCCCGAGACGCGCCCAAAGCCCACAGACCUUACAGCUGUUCAGAGUGCGGGAAGAGCUUCGAGUGGCGGGCUCAUCUGGGGGUGCACAUGUUGGGGCACACGGGGGAGCGUCCGCACAAAUGUCCCGUCUGCGAAAAAGCGUUCACUCAAAAAGGAACUCUGACCAAACACCUGAGGACCCAGCACCACGUCUGCACCGUGUGUUUGGCCGGUUUCCACGACGACGACGCCCUGACCGCUCACCUGCGCACGCACAUCGCCGACGGGACCCUGGAUGCGUCCGUGCUGAAGCUGCUGCGCUGCUCCGAGUGCGGGAAGGGUUUCCGCUGGAAGUCGGAUUUACACAAACACGCGCUGGUGCACAGCGGCGAGCGGCCGCACAAGUGCCCCGUCUGUGACAAAGACUUCAAACACAAAUACAAACUUCAGAAACACAUGAGGCUUCACGCCGGGGACGCGCCCGCCCACACCGAGGCGCCCGACCUCAGACCUUUCGGCUGCUCGGACUGCGGGAUGAGGUUCGCGGACAGGUCGUACUUGCGGGUGCACAGUUUGAGUCACUCCGGGGAGCGGCCGCACAAAUGCACCGUGUGCGGAAAAGGUUUUCCCGUGUCGUCCAACCUCAAGAGACACAUGUCCAUCCACACGGGACACAGGCCCCACAAGUGUCCCUUCUGUCAGAAAGGAUUUAUCGAGAAGUUUUAUCUGGACCAACACCUGAGGAUCCACUCAGGGGAGAAACCUUUCGCCUGUUCAGUUUGUGGGAAAAGUUUUAGGUUAAAAGCCGGACUCGAGAAACACAUGGGAACUCACGCGGCGGACAAACCUUUCAGGUGUUCAGUUUGUGAAAAACGUUUCAAAUAUAAAUCUGGUCUCACUCGACACCUGAGCAUGAAACACAACUCCAACAAACCCACAGAGACCACACAGGCGCUCAGUAAAGAGCCCACAGAGACCAUGCAGGCGCUCAGUAAAGGACCCACAGAGACCAUGCAGGCGCUCAGUAACGGCGGUCUGUAAAAACAUGGCGGUUCUCGAUCCAAACCCAAACUCGUGUGACUUUGUGCUGAGCGACGACGACGACGACGAGACGACAUCGUCGUCGUGGUGAUUCUAACUGGAGGCUCUGCUCCGUCUGACUCUGUUUCUCUUUAAACUUUAGUGUGAGUUUGAUUUGAUCGUCGUUUGUUUGUCCAACAGUUUUUCAGUGAGUCUCAGAUUUUAGCGUCAAAUCAAACGGGACCAAGAACAAAGAUCUGUCCUUUUAUUUUUUUUAUUUAUUUGUUUUAUGUAGAAAAAAAAAGUCAAAAUAUUAAAUUUACACAAAAGUUUCAAA